ACCAUGGCAGCAACAACUACCACAUAAGUAGGAUCAAGUAAACAUGGCACUUACUUAGAUAAAAUCCAGGCUCAUUUUAAUUCCAGAUGUGGACAAUUCUGCGGCUAUUCCAGUCUUAUGAAGAUUUAAAAGUAUAUGCAGUGCCCAUGGAAUGAAUCCUGCCCCCCCCUCCAAUUUGUGAGGGUAAACUGGAAUUUAGGAGAAUCAAAUCCAUGACCCCAGGAUCCUGCUAGUCUAUUGAACUAAGGGUUCAAAUACAAAGGCAGUCAUUACAGGUAGCAUUCACUGUAGCAGCAUUGUCAACACUUGUAAAUGACAUCACUAUAGAUGACCUAACCUGCUGACUGUUCCCUGCACUCAAAAGCCUAAGACUUCCAGGGGAAUUCAAAGACAGCACAAAUUGGAACUGAGUGAACCUUGCUUUAGACUACUGCCAUACUAGUCCUUGCCAAAGUCACCAACACUAGAUACCAGUUUGGAACCAAUUACAGUCCGAUUCAUAUCAAAGACUUCUGUAAGAUUAUGACCUUCCCAUUUUCUGCUUAAAAACAACAAAACUUCAUUUCUUCUUUGGUGGAUCUCAGCAUGUGAACAAAGUUAACUGGAUUUUACUUUAAUCCUCAUACAAAAGUGAAGAAAUGGUUGUCUUGGGUUCCAAAUGGAUCAGUAAGGGGCAGCUGUCCCGCUUUUUUUUCUCUUUUCCCUCGUUCAUUCAUGAGCAACAUCAGCAUGACCAUGAACAACAGCAACAACCCCAACGCCAACAGCAACAACAACAACACGAGAUGAAAAAAAAUCUUUGGAGAGAUAACAAAAUAUUUCGGGAUGAGAACAAAGCACUCCGCAAAGAAAAUAAGUUCCUUUGGUUAGAAAACAGGGCUCUUCGAGGAGAAAAUAGGACCUUUAGAAUAGAAAACCAGAUACUUUGGGAGGCAAACCAGUUCCUUAGACAACAAAAUCAUAUCCUCUGGGAGGAGAAGAGGAUUGUUUGGGGGAGCAAAAAAGCCCUCUGUGAAAAAAGUAAUACCUUGAGUAAGGAAAAAAAAGCUUUUUGGGAACAGAACAGAGCCCUUCAGGCACAGAUCAGGGCUCUCCAGGAGCAGGGGAAAGCUUUCCAAAAUGAGGAAAAAGCUCUUCAAGAAGAGAUCAAAUCCCUCCAGGAGGAGAUCAAGGCCCUCCAGCAUCAGGAAAGUGCCCUGAACGUGGAGGAGCAGGCCUUGCGGAAGGAGGGCAAGGCCCUGCGUAUGGAAGAGCAAGCUCUGUGGAAGGAAGAUCUUGCUCUCCGGGAGGAGAAUAAGGCUCUCAGGGAGGAGAACAACGCCCUGCAGGAGGAGGACCGAGCCCUUCGAGAGGAGUCCAAGGUACUUAGGGAGUGGAACAAGAUGCUCAAAGAGAAUGAAGAGGACUCCCAAGCUAGCUGUGAAAAUGUAGAAUAAAGCGGAGGAGAAAGACAGUUUGUGGCUGUGACCCAUACAUACCGCUGAGGAAGGAUGAUCAUGGGCAUUUUGCAUAAGAUGAAAAGAUAAUGAGAAUACAGACAGUCGACAAAGACCAUGAGAAUCACCCGGAGGGAUGACUGAUGAUUAUGAUGACGGUGAAAUGAUUAUACUGGACUUGGCGCCAAAGCCUCGAAGUUUACCAUUUUAAACUUACUCAGUAGCAGGUCCUGGAAACAAUACAGUGCUGAAGAAGAUUCAAAAGGGCAAUGGUGUCCGAGUUUUAUUGCUAUAUUAUUUAGAUUGCUACUGUUAUGUAUUUCUCUCUUCCUCUGGUCUUUGACCAAAAUUACUCUGAAAGGAAAGGAUCACAGAUCCAGAGCUGGAAGGGACCUCAGAGUUCAGGAAAUUCAACCCUUCUCCUUUUACAGAUGAGG